AAAUAUCAGAAAUCUUGAAUUCUUGCAUUACAUUCCAUGUGGUGUGCUUAUAUAAAUCCAUGUGGUGUGCUUAUAUAAAAAUAAAUAAAUAGACACAUAAGAACCAAUAACAAUUAAAAAAAAUGAAGUCUAUUCAAGCAAAUUUGUUCAGAAAAGUGCCUAAAAAUGGAACAAAAAAAACAAGGCCAACAACAUUUCCUAGAGGCUUCAACUUCACCAAGAAAUUACCCCCAAAAACAUCGGUCAACCAUUGGCCUCUUCAGGCCAUCCGCUCCUCUCUCUACAACCAAACAAAUCCACAACACAUUUAAAAACAUCCAUCAUUCUCCACCUUUCUCAAUUCAUCUUCAACAACAAGAGAAUUCAGACUACCAUUUUAAAGCAAAAAGGUUAUACAAUGAAGUCCAUUGCCAUUGCCGUAGCCUUUUUAGUUAUUUCACUUUGCCAGUUCCAAAUACUUGCUCAGACUCCACAAACACCAACCACCUCUGGAGGCAAUGACCUCAUCACAAAGACCUGCAGCAGCACACCUCAUGUUGAAAUGUGUAAAACAAUCUUACAAUCAUCUCCCAACAGCAAAGGAGCAGAUUUAUAUGGCCUUGCACAAAUUGUAAUGAACAUUGCAGCAAGUAACGUUAGCAACAUAUAUGAAAGCAUAAACCAAUUACAAAAUGGCACGACGGUAGACAGUUUCUUGGAUUCGUGUUUGACGGAUUGUUUGGAGAGCUAUCAGGACGCUAUUGAUCAAAUUGAAGAUUCAGUAACCGCAUUGGAAUUCAAAGCAUAUAAUGAUGUUAAUACGUGGGUUUCAGCUGCCAUGAGUGAUGCAGCUACAUGUGAUAUGGGGUUCAAAGAAAAACAAGGCUAUCAAUCUCCAAUUGCACAAAUGACUACAGUUUUUGACCAGAUUUGCAAAAUUAUCUUAGCCAUUAAUAAACUCUUAAGUCAAGGGAAUAGUAACUAAAGGAAACAGCUGAGGUGUUUGGUCGUUUCAUUUGGCUCUUAAAGUAAAACCCUCAUUUCUUUUUGAAAUUUCAUACAAUAUAUGAUUAUGUAAAAACCAUUUCACAUAUUGAAAAUCGAAUUACAAAUUACGAAUUACUA